GUGAGUUAUUGUGUGAGUUAACUGUAUCUGUAACUCUUUCAGCAUUCUCUUUUAUCGUUGUUUGUUUGUGUGUGUUUGUGUGUGUGUGUGUGUGUGUGUGUGUGUGUGUGUUUUCUCUGUAUAUAGUGCUUGCUAUGCCGCGGAGUCUCAUGUCCAGCGAGGAGGAGAUGGCUCAGAGUUUCUCUGACUCAAGCAGCUCGGAGUCGGACAGUUUGAGAGAUGAGCGGCCGUGUGUGGAACGACCGAGUAGCAGUCGCAGUGACUCCUUUCUCAUCUGCGUCGUUAUUCCUGAUCUGCAGCAGUCUAGAUCCAUGAGGUUAAAGGCUGACUGUACGGUCUGGGCAGCCAAACAGCAGAUCCUCUGCACACUAACACAGAGCCUGAGAGACGUGUUAAACUAUGGCCUCUUUCAGCCGGCUGUGGAUGGGAGAGAGAGUGCCUUCCUCGAGGAGGAGAAACUACUGCGAGAUCACUUAUUCCCCACCAGCAAGGACGUCCCCACCCUCGAGUUUCGCUACAAGAGCCGAGUGUACCAGCAUGCCAACGUGCAUGAAAAGCAGAUUGAAAAGCUUCAUACGCAGGCCAACCUGAAGAAGUUUCUAGAAUACAUUCAGCAUCACCAGGUGGAUAAAGUGACAAAUCUGCUGGAACGAGGUCUUGACCCCAACUACCAUGACUCAGACACCGGAGAGACUCCUUUGACACUGGCUGCCCAUCUGGACAACAUGGUGGAGAUGAUAACAGUGCUGAACAGCGGAGGAGCUCAUUUAGAUUUCCGCUCUCGGGACGGCAUGACUGCGCUGCAUAAAGCUGUCCGAGCCAAGAACCAGAUCACUCUUAAGGCCAUGUUGGAAUUGGGAGCAUCUCCGGAUUAUAAGGAUGGUCAGGGUCUGACUCCGCUCUACCACACCGUGACUGUAGGGGGCGACCCAAGCUGCUGUGAGAUGUUACUACGUGCUCAAGCCACUUUGACCUGCCACGAUGAGAACGGCUGGCAUGAAAUCCACCAGGCUUGUCGAUACGGUCAUGUCCAGCACUUGGAGCAUCUCCUAUUUUACGGAGCUGACAUGCGUGUCCAGAACGCCUCUGGGAACACCGCACUCCAUAUCUGUGCCCUCUACAAACAGGAGAAUUGUGCCAGAGUUUUGUUGCUUCGCGGAGCCAGCAAGGAGGUGAAGAACUACCGUGGGCAAACUCCUUUCCAGGUGGCCAUCAUUGCAGGGAACUUUGAGCUGGCAGAGUACAUAAAGAACCACAAAGACGAUAGCAUUGAUAACAGGUCUGGUUCAAGCCGUGCAGCUUCAGGACGCGUUCAUAGCCGUGGCCCUGUUCUCAUUACCCCAGAACACAGAUGAAAGGACAGGCAUUUCAAUUCCCGCCAUUCAACUUUUCCCUAGCUCCAUGAGUGUGUUUGUAAGAUGUUUACUGAUGAGUUUGUGUCAUCUGAUGACCAUGGAUGUCAGGGCCAUGUUGCAUCAAGUCUUCAGUUGAUAAUCUUACCUGUAUAUUGUAGAUUUGUAUCUAAGUACUGCUGCUGUAAACAGAAAGACUGCCCUGUUCUCAUCCCAAGACUCGUAUUCUCAAUCUGUACAGUACAUACUGAACAUCCUUUAGCACACUUAGUUAUGUUCAUCUUUACUCUUUUACAAUUAUUUGUAAUGACUAUAAUGUAUAUUGUAAUGAUUAUAAUAUAAUUAUAAUGUAAUGAUUUAUAAUCCACUAUUCAUUGUCACCCAGAAGGAUGGGUGGGAUGGGUUCCCUUUUUGAAUGGUUUACUUGCAAGGUUUCUUUCCUUGCCACUGUUACCUCUGGCUUGCUCAAUGGAGAUCUAUGUCGCUAUACAACAGAAUAAACUGAAUCCUCUAGAGUGGGUUGUCCACUAAUCAUAAGGUUGGCGGUUCGAUUCCCAGCCCACAUGACUCUACAUGCCAAAGUUUCCUUGGGCAAGACACUAAACCCCAAGUUGCUCCCGA